AUGGAUAAUAAGCACGCAAAACAAAAGCCAAUGAAAUUCUCUGAUUGGGCACCGAAUUGUAAAGGUCUAAUAUCUGCAAGUGAUAUAGAAUUCCUGACUGAAAUGAAAAAGCCAGUAACACAGGCAAACGCGACAAUGCUAAAACCUAUUUCUCCUACAUCUAUGCACUUAAGUUUACAAGCUCUAAAACAGAAAAGUACAAGCCAAACACCAUCAAGAAAAGCUGCUUCCACCACAAAGAAGAAUUGGAAUUCCUCUGUAAAAGUUAAUAGUAAACGUGAAAUAACAGAGGAUGGUAAAGUUAAAUGUAGUGUUAGAAAAUCUCUUUAUUUUCAACCAAGGACUAAGGCAGUUUUAAUAACAAAGAAAACAAUUGUUCAACAAGAAACACCGAUUAUAAGAAAGCCAGAUAUUACUAAAGUGAAAAAGGCUACAUUUGCAGAUAAUCCAAAAGCGAAGAUUAGUGGAAUCAGCAGAAUUCUUGAUACACCACAGUCGUCACGAAUUAACAGAAAGACAAUUGCUAAUAAGGAAAACGAAGUACCAACAAAGCCAAUCACCAUCACCACUCCUAAAAGCAUAUUAAGAAAGAAAAAACCGGAUAAUUCACUUACGAAUUCUAAAAGUAGCGACGCGAGUUUUCUAAGAAUUGAGAAAGAAGUGAAUGAAAUGGAAGACGUAUCAGUAAAACAAAAGCUGAUCAAACCAUUACAGCUCAGUAGUGAAGCAUUACCUUCAUCAACUCCAUACAAAGACCACAAUGGACAGUCAUUCUUUAAUUAUUCUGACUCCGCAGAAAAUAAUUCUCUAUAUAAUGACAAUACUAUUAUGAGUUUUAGCAAUUGUAACAAAAGUGGCCAACAUGACAGCAGUUCUCUUGACUCACUUUGUGAUUUCUUACAAAAAACAGCAGUUAUAAAUGAUGACGCUGAAGCAGAGCAGUUGUUCAAACGAAAAGUUGAACUCAAACAGGAGAUAGCUAAUUUAGAUAAUGUUAUAGAAGAUGCAAUAAAGAAAAGGCUUAGUGUGAUAAAUACUUUGCAAGAUGUCAUUGCAAGAAUAGAGAGAUUUAAUGGCGCUGAAAACGCCAGAAGCAAACAUCUAUCGCAAAACAAAAUUAAAAUAAACUCUCCUAAAUUUAAGAUACCAAAGAAGACCUGUCAUCAAAGGAGCAUACAGCGGAAGUCCCUUUCUAAAGACAAGAAAAAAAAAAGUCCUAAUGUUACAGAAAACAAAGCUCUUAAUAUAUAUAUGGAUAUGAAGAAGAAUUUAAACUUUCUGAACACCCCUAGUGUGAAGAGAAAUAAAGAUGCCACUGACACGCCAGCCAGGAUGUCUAAAAACUUACAGACACAAUUAGAUAAAUUGUAUAACAAUAGCAUUGAUAAAUGA